UUCUAUAAACGUGUUCCGCGACUCCCCCAAUCCCCGCCCCCCACGAAAUCCCCACUCUUAGCCCCACAAACCUCCUCCCUAAUUCCUCUCCUAUAUUUUCACUCUCUCUCUCUCUCUAUAAAUUACACCACCGAAACUCUCUCUGUUUCUCUCUAACUCCAAACAACAUUUCAUUAACAUUACUCUUGUGUGUGUAUGUAUACAUAAUAUAUAUACGUAUAUAACCAUCCAUUCAAAGUGAUCGUAAAGAUGGUGGGUGGCGGGCGCAAACGCGGCGGCGCUCUCGCGACCGCGCUGUCGAUCGCGGACGCCGCGUCGUGGACGUGCGCGCUGGCGCUGGUGGUGCUGAUACUCGUGAGCUCUCUCCGCGAGCCGGGGGGGCGCGAGGAGAGGGGGGAGGAGAGGAAGGCGGCGGCGGCGGCAGCGGUGGCUGUGCGCGGGGGGAAGCUGGGGAGCCGGGCGUGCGAGGAGAUAUACGUGGUGGGGGAGGGGGAGACGCUGCACACCAUCAGCGACAAGUGUGGCGACCCGUUCAUCGUCGAGCGCAACCCCCACAUCCACGACCCCGACGACGUCUUCCCGGGGCUCGUCAUCAUGCUCACCCCGGCCAACAAGCCCAGAUAAAGCCCCAGUUAAAGAGUAAGAUCGAUAUUAUGUACUUCUCGUAUCAUCGUAUAAAUGAAUUAUAUAGAAAAUCACCCUGUGUCUUACAGUCAGAAAAAAAAAAAAAAAGAAAAAAAAAGAAAACAAGAGAGAGAGAGAAAGAGAGCGUGAAUUUAUUAUGUUGGAAAAAUAUUGUUAUAGAUAUAAAUAGUUUGAAUAUGUUUGUGCUGAUCAAAGGAAUAGAUUAAGAGACAUGUGGUGGGGGCGCACGUAUGAUGCUUAAUUACUUGUAAAUGUUUAAAAAAAAAUUCCGAUGGUUUUAAUCAGUGGCGAAGUAUUAUUAUUUCCA